AGACUAUAAUAUAAUGGCCUGUCACCAAUAGAGAAUUUCUGGCAUGAUAUCACCUCAGGUUGAAUAUGUCUUGGUCUAAGACAUGCAGGCGAUGACCAGUUUGUGAUCUUGCGAUGUCUCGACCCAUGGUGCUAGCGCCGGCCCUGACGGUGCUCGUUUUGGGAGUAUUAUCAUUUGGUCUUCCACAAUGCAGUCUUGCUCAAUCUCCACCCAACUUAGCAUCGGAUGUUAGCAUAACGUCCAUCACGACGACGUCCGCUGUCGCCUCAUGGACACAGACCGUGGGAGACUUUGACAAUUACGAGAUGACCAUUAUCCCUUCGGUAGGAGUAAUAUUCACUCCAGCAUCAAUUCUCAAGUCUUCAACUUCGCCCUCGACAAAUGUGACCGGCCUUACUAUUGGAAAUCGGUAUACCAUUUCGGUGCGCACUCUAAAAGGAAUAACCAACGGAACUGCAAAGACGAAAACAUUUAACACCAUUCCAUCUGAAGUCAACCUCUCGACCGUCAACAUCACCAGCCGAACCUCUACCGCUGCCACACUCAACUGGGAUCCAGUUACCAAUGGGACAUUCGAUAAUUAUUUGCUAAGUAUCAGUCCGAUCGCUGGUGGAGCUACAGUUUCUCCGAGCACCGUACCUCGAGGGACUGAGAAUGCCAACCUGCAGAGUCUCACUGCUGGAACAGAGUAUACUAUAGCGAUAAAGACCGAGUAUGGAAAUGAAACGAGUGCUGGUCAAACAUACAAAUUAAAAACACUUCCUGGUGACGUCAUCCGCUCAUCCAUCCAGGUCGCCCCCGGCACUUUGACCUCAAUUUCGGCUACAAUUUCCUGGGACGCAGUCACCAUGGGGUCAUUUGAUAGCUAUAAACUCAGUAUACAGCCGACAGGAGGCGCCAAGGUUGUCAGUUCUGUCCUCAAGGGAGCGCAAACAUCAAAUCUCAAUGCGUUGAGAGCUGGGAUACAGUACACGGUCGUGAUCACGACCGUUUGGGGAGUGUUAGAGAGCGCCGGGUCUAGUUUCCAAUUUACUACGGUGCCAAACGCUAUUAGCGACGCAAAUAUCGUAUUCUCUCUCGUCGAGGCUGAUUCUGCGCGGGUCUCAUGGAUGGCCGCCAGUGGAAGCUUUGAUAGCUACAUCGUCAAGAUAAGCCCUACUGUGGGAGGAGCAAAACCCGAGAAUAACACUGUGCAGAAGGGAACUGAAUCGACUAACUUGGUCUUUCUCACCGCUGGCACUGCAUACGACGUCUCGAUAACUACCUCGGCCGGUGGGGUGGAGAGCACCCCAGCGUCCAAGACAUUUUGGACUAAGCCAGCUUUUGUCACCAAAGACUCCAUCAUUAUCUCGAAUUUGACCACAACUUCGGCCAUAAUGUCAUGGGCCCCUGUGACUGUGGGCACAUUCGACAACUACACCAUCACCAUCAGCCCUACCAGCGCAGGCGAGGAAGUUGUACCAAAUACCGUCCCCAAGGGAAUCGAGACGACUGAUUUGAAGAAACUCCUUGCGGGAACAGCCUACAAUAUCACCAUCAAAACUACACACAAGGGAAAGGAGAGUGCGAGUAAAACUGUUACGUUCACCACCAGACCAAAUCCAGUUGAUAAAACUUCCAUCACCUUUUCCAAUAUUCUUACCGUGAACGCCACUGUCACGUGGCAAGCGGCAAACGGUACUUUCGCAGACUACAUCGUGAGAAUCAGCCCGUCAACAAAUGGUGCGAAGGCAAAUCCAGCGAUUGUAGCGAAAAGUACUCUUUCAACCUCUUUGACCUCGCUGACGGCCGGUACGGCGUACACAGUCGGGAUCAUUGUGCGGGUUGGAACAACCGAGAGUACUGAGGCCACCAAGGUGCUGAAAACGAGGCCAGAUGCGGUCGCACCGGCUACCAUCAAAGUAACGGCAGUGACAGCAAACUCUGCAGUCCUUAGCUGGAAUACAGUCUCGUCGGGGACGGUUGAUAAGUACCUAAUUGGUCUUACUCCAAACACUGGAGGAGCCGAGGCCUUCCCGAACGCCGUCAACGUAGGGACUACCACAACUAACCUAGUGCGCCUCACUGCGGGGACAUUAUAUAGAAGUGCAAUAACGACACAAUAUGGGAACCAAACGGGAGUUGCUACAACGCAUUCAUUUUCAACAUUACCACCCAACCUAGCCUCAGGGGUUACGGUGUCAGCGGUCACAACCACCACAGCUACAGCCGCCUGGACCAAGACUGACGGCAUUUUCGACAGUUACCGGACCACAGUCAGUCCAGAUGUCGAUGGGGAGAAAGUGGAUACACCGAACGUGACGAAGUCUGAAGCUAAUCCCCAGACCACUCUGUCCAACUUGAAGCCGCGCCAAGAGUACACAGUGCGAGUUAGCACCAUGUUAGGAAAUGUUUUGGGUGCCGCGAAUAGCUAUACUUUUACCACCAAGGACUGUCCUGCCGGUAACUUCCGGGAGCCCGGUGCUCGCAAUUGCACGGAGUGCCACUGUAUCGGGACGUGCUACCCAAAAGCUGGGUGUACAGAUAGCGCAUGCAGCAAGGGAUACAAGACGCCACCACAAUGCCAGGAAUCCUGUCCCAAGGGUUUAUUUGGCUUUGGCUGCCAGAACAGCUGCCACUGCAAACCCAGUGAUAUAUGUUCACACAUCACAGGAACCUGUCCCAAUGGUUGCCACCCUGACUACUGGGGAAUAGACUGUCAGCAAUUGUUGCCUGGUUUGAAUCAAGCCCCAACACUCUCCGGUGUAUCAUGUUCGAACGUGACGGUUAAAUGGCUUGCGUUUGAUACGACUAGAGGCGAUACCAGUUCCUUCCCUGACAUCAGCAGAUAUGUGCUUCAGAUGAGUACUAAUGGCACCUGGUCCGACAUCAAGCCAAGCUACGAUCACUAUAGUAACAAUACAUACAGUCAUCUGGUGUCUGGGCUCCAGCAACACACCAGCUACAAGUUCCGCGUGAGGACAGAUGCCAAUCUCACUAUUACGUUUCCUACCUUGAGCUACGUCGUGAUCCCCGGCAGACCCAGCCCAGUGACGCCUAACAUAAUACCGCCGUGUUUCCCCUUGGUUACCACUGCAACUACAACGACGAAAAUAACAACACCUAAACCGACAAUCAUCACGACUUCUCCUAUUCCAGGAGCACCAUCUGCCCCGCUGAACCUUGCUCUGACGGCAUCAUCAUCGACCACAAUAGACGUGAGCUGGGAGCCACCUGCAUCUAAUGAUCACACGGGUUACAACCUAUUCUACGGCUUAAAAGUCCCCGGCGAUUGUCCAGCGGUGGCUCCAGCUGACUAUACAGAGACAGAAGUCCCUCUCGCGGCAAGUAUCAAGACCCACCAACUGAGUGGCCUCAAGCCUUGGUCCAGUUACAAGAUAUCUCUCCGAGCUACAAAUCUAAUAGGAUCAGGUCAAGCUGCCGUGGCAACUAUUCGAACGAAAGAAGCAGCUCCGACUGGUAAAUGCAGCAAUCUCCAAGCAAGCGAUGUCACAGCCUCUUCGUUCAUGCUAAGUUUUGUCCCACCUCCCUGCCACACCAAAAACGGUGCCUUUAGUAUGUACAGGGUGAGAACACAGGAUCUGGCGGGCAAAAGCAAUAGCUACGAGUACAAAUUGCUCAAUGCCUCUUACGCUAUAACCGGUCUAAACCCCGGCACCAGCUACCAGGUGGUUGUCGCAUUUCUGAACGCUGAGACACAGCCAUCACCGGAAUCAGAUGCAGUUAAAGUCAACAUGUCGAGUUGGACGAUUAUUGUCACAGCGAAACCAGGUUUUGUCGAGUUGAAGUGGCAGCCAUUGUACCCGAGAAGUAAUGAAGUUUUAGGCGAUUAUAAAGUGACGUAUUGGGAGAAUAAAGUCAAUAGCGAAAAAAAUUUCGAAACAGCGUCUCAGACAUCGUACAAUGCGUCGGGCCUCACAAAUGGUGUCUUUAAUUUUCAGGUGUCCGUUCAAUCAACGCUGUCAUGGACUUCAGGCUUAAACAGUGAAAUUGCCACGGUCGAUACACGAAAAACAGUUCCCAGCCAGCCGACUUCUUUAUCUCUUGCAAACAAUACUGAGAGUGGGAUUCAGAUAAUAUGGAGAGCCCCGAUCAGUUCAGCUUCCCCGGUGACUCAUUACAAGGUUGACUAUAAAUUCACUAUCACUGGUAUACCAUCCGGUGUAUCGGCUCUUCGAUAUACUAUGGGAUCGGAGACGGUUACUGCUACAGGACAGGGAGGAGUAACAUUGAGUCCGCUUGACCCCGCGACUACAUACCGAAUCAGUGUGUCAGCCAAUAAUAUGUAUGGAUUCGGUGAUCCAUCCGUCCAGGCGUUCUCAACCCGACCUGGCACUCCUGUUAAGCCUGCGAUGCCGAAUGUCGCCGAGAGCAGCACGACUUCCAUCACGCUAACACUGACACUUCCAACGUCCACGAAAGGUCCUAUUUCGAAGAUGUCGGUCAUAGUUGUGAAGAACACCUCCGCGAAGCGAAAGCGAAGAGCUGUCGCAGCGCUGUGUACGAAUACCGCAGCAGUGGAACUGGUUCCAAGUGCUUAUACCGAUGCAGGCAACACUACCACAGUUGUUUUAGGUAAUGGAAAAAGUGGAAGCACAAAUGCUCCUUUGGAGGCUGGUACGAAAUAUGAUUUAUGUUAUAAAGUUAUCAGUACUUAUGGCGGUGAAUCGACGAUUGCCGGGAUAAUAUUCUCGGCGGAUACCAAAGCUGGAACGAACGUCACGAUGAUUAUAAUCAUAGUUGUGGUGGUGUUACUAGUUAUCAUUAUCAUAAUAGUCAUUGUUGUUGUCGUACUAAUAUGGAAGAGGAAGCGGGAAUCAAUGAGUAAGUCUUUGUGGAGGAGCACAGACACCAUGAACAUGAACCAAUUUGACGAUACCAUGUACAAUAUUAGGCCGUACGGGAGGUGGAGCGAUGUCCAUAAAGUCGGUGAACCGCGCUCAAUAGAGCUUGUGAAAGACCCCUUGGAUGCUGAUCCUAACAUCAUUCCGAUUGAUGUCGAGUAUCACAAACUCCCUCAAGAAAUCAUGUAUACCUCGGAUCAUGCUAUGGCCCCGGAGAACAAGCACCGUAAUCGAUUCGAGGCGUUCCUCCCGUACGACCACAGCCGGGUAGUCCUACAGCCCGGUAAGAAUGACUACAUCAACGCCAACUACAUCGACGGUUACAAGAAACCCCGGGCCUACAUCGCAGCGCAGAGCCCUUUCAACGGGGAGACCGUGGCGGAUUUCUGGCGUAUGGUCUGUCAGGAAAACACCUUACAGAUCGUCAUGCUGACCCUCCCGGUAGAGGAUGGCGUAUUCAAAUGCGAACAGUACUGGCCAGAUUCAACUCACACCUACGGUGAUAUCAAGGUCAAGCUACUUAGCACAGAAAAGUAUGCAUACUUCUGCAUCAGGACAUUCGAAGUUGUCCCCAACCCUCAUACUAAGAAGACCAUAACACAAUGUCACUUCACAGGUUGGCCGUGUCAUGGUAUUCCGGAAGAUACGAUCCCGUUCCUGGACUUCAUAUACAAGUUCCGCUCCCUGUCGCAGCCAGGAGCUGGGCCAGUGGUUGUUCACUGCGGGACCGGAGUAAGUAGAACGAGUGUCUUCAUUGCUGUUAACUCGCUCAUCAAAGCAGGCCGAAAACGUGGGCAAGUAAACGUAUUCGAUUUCUGCUCGGAGAUGAGACAAAAUCGUUUCGGGAUGGUGAGGACCUUGAAGCAGUACUUGCUCAUUUACGAUAUGCUGUACGAAGCUCUUCUCACCCCUGAUAGCAUCCUGGAUAUCGACAUGAGGUCAGGGUACCAUGCUCUCAUCAGCAAAAAUCCGGCGACCGGACACACCAAUCUUUACGAACAAUUCAAAAUCUUCCGUGACUUUACUCCGCUAGUAGACGAGUCUAAAUGUCGAAGAGGCUUAGACCCAGCGAACAAACGCAAAAAUAGAUUCCCGAACAUUGUACCGCUUGAUGAAUUCCGUCCUAAAUUAAAAACGCCCGGUGGCCAUGGGAGAACUGACUACAUCAAUGCUUUAAUCUUAGACAGCUAUACGCGGAAGGACGCCUUUAUCGUGACCCAGACUCCUCUUGCUGAGACCGUGGUAGACUUCUGGAAACUUGUCUAUGACUAUAAGAUCUCGACCAUUGUAAUGCUCCACGACCGCACAUACAAGGAGGAAUCAUCCGCCGAGUACUGGCCGAAGACGCUCGGGAGUGUUCGGUAUGAUCCGUUCGUGGUGACCUUGAGGACAUUUGUGAAGGAGAGAGACUACGUCAUCAGUCGCACGAUGGACGUCAACAAUCAGAUCCGCCCAUCAGAAAAAGCCCACGAGGUGAAACAGUUUCACCUUGAUGGCGAUUGGAUGAUGUAUGACCACGUGCCAAAGUCGCGUGAGUGCGUUUUGCAGCUCAUAGACGCAGUCUUUGAAAAUCGGAAAAAAACCGCAGAUCACCCAGAGACGCCGAUUCUGGUUCAUUGUAUAGAUGGAGCUGAAAGAAGUGGUUUAUUCUGCUGUUUGAUGAACCUGGUGGAGCGGAUGCAGAUUGACCGAUACGCAGAUAUCUUCCACUGCAUGAAGCAUCUCAAGCGGAGGAGGUCACAGUUUGUAGACGACUUGGACCAGUAUCGCUUCUGCUACAAGGCCCUGUGGGAUUUCAUCAACACCCGCAUGAUCAAUAUUCCCGCAUCCAUUCUGCGGAAGAAUACCAAGAAUAGUAUGAACGGGACAACCAAUGGCACCAAUGAAAAGAGACAGAACAAACGCCAUCUUGAACUCACCUUGGCCGCGAAUGAUUUGCAUGAUUAUGACUACACGCUCUCCGUGGCUUGAGGAGGACGAAUUUACCAAUGUGCAUAAUGACUUCGCUCACUGGACAGUUAGAAUUUAGGAUGUUGCCAAAGAAGCAUGGUAUGAACUUCAGCAAUUCCUUUGUAGGAGAAAGUAUUCUUUGCUGAGCUAAAGGAGGUGAUUGUGCAUUUUCUAACAGAUGACAUUUUUUUUACAAAAUACCAAAGAAUCUUCAUUAUGCUCUUCAUACAUGAAACUAAUUUCAUACAUGAAACUAAUUGAUAUGCCAUCGGUGACGAUCUAUUCAAAAUAUCUGCCAAAAUAUAAGCUCUAAAAUAAAAUGAGUUUUCAAGAAUCUUCAAUAGGGUUCGGAUAUGUAUAUGAUGAACCACUGGAUAACUUAUCAAAACAGUAUUUCAUAUUUUGAUUGGCUUGCAACUUUCCAUAUCUUCAUGUUUGUCAGGAUAUAAUAUAAAUCAGGCAAGUGAACAGUAAGAUUUUAAUAUUUGAAGGCCAUGGUCCAGUUGUUCAAAACUGAUCUAGUUAGUCGAUCAUUGCUAACUUUGUAAGGAAUGGAUGACACAAACUCUAUCAUUUCUAUGUCGGUGUAUCUGUUUGCGAACGCCUUAUUUUUGUGAACUGUUCUCUAUAUUUAAGAUAAUUGAAUUAAACCCACUGCGGCGUGUUUUGACCCCAAUAUUGUUAAUAAACGGAAUGCGUCGCUACGGUAUGCAUUGCUGCUGCGGCCUGUUUCGACAUCCGGGGUCCAAACAGGAGCACCUGACAACGCUUACCUGUCCACAAACCGUCUUUCAACUGCCGGGACCAUGGUCUUAUUUUUCUGACGAAGUUAUUCCGGAUUACGAGAUAUUUCAUAGAUUUGUACAGUGUAUUAUUUAUUAUCUUUUUCACAAUUUGCAGCAUUUAAAAUGCGACGAUCGCCCUGGAAUUAAGCAAUUUAUAUGGACCAGUAGUUGGAACAGUAUUGAUUUAGGGAUUAUAUUUUUAUCGUACUAAAUGGGGAGGGGGGUGUUUGUAGAGCACUAUGUAUUUUAUACUGUUUGUGCCUUUUUCGUAUUGGAUAGGUGGUCGUAUUUGCUGCUGUACGUACAAAACUCAGUGGCACUACACCAGUUCUCAAUCAAAACGAUUUUAAAGGCCUGGCUAGUUCGUUCAAAAUGAAUGAGAAAAUUGAAAAUAUAUAUGAUAUCAAUUUCAAUUAAUGAGGGAGCACUCACAAACUGAAAUAUUCGAAAAAAAAGUUACACUGUUGUCACGGGUCUGUCAUUUGCUUGAGAAAAAAAAAUUCCUUUGGUCUCCCUUUAAAAUGUAACUUGUUUAGUUUAUAGAAAAAAUAUAUAUACAGUAAAACCUCUUUAUUAAAGACACCCUCCGCCGGACGGACAAGUGAUGUCCUUGGGUUUCCUGAUGAAAGAUGUCAAAUUGAAUGGAAACUACCUUUUUGGCAGCAAACCUCGUGUCCUUAAUAGAGGGGAUUUCCUUAAUAGAGAGGUGUCCGCUAAAGGAGGUUCCACUGUAGUUAGAAUGAGAUUUCUAUUAUCUUACAGUAACAAAGCUAGGUUUUAUAUGCGAAUGUAUUAUACUCUUUGGUAUUGUCAUAGUCUUCCAUCACAAGAACAUUUCGAUAUUAGGUCGGUGUAUAAUGCAUUGCUUUCAAUGCCUUGCUUUAACAUGUUUAAUAAAAUGCCUACAUUUUCAGGCCAAUUCGCCAACAAUUUUUAUGGCAAGAUUCUAAAUAUUCUAGCUUUAAAAAAAAUCCGUGCACAAUUUCUUUUUUUUUAAUUUCUUUAUAUAAUACGUUACGGUUAUAUAGAAAAAAUCAUAACGGAAUCCUGUGUAAUGCCGCCAGGCGCGUUCAGCUCUUUCAUUCAUUUUACAUGCUAAGAUCUUAUAAUGUUAGCCAUUGUUAGGCGUUACGUUUGGAAUCAGCAUUUCCAAAAUAUGUGAUAGAUAUUUUGAACGCAUGCGGCGGAUAUAGUUACGUAACACUGUUGGCCACGUAUUUUUAAUGAUAAAAUGUAUUUUCUUUCAUAACUACGUGUUCAAAACAUUGUAGCGAAAAAAAAGGCCUGAGUGUUGAAUAAGGCCUAUAGUUGGAGUACGUAAUUGACAAGAAGAUUGCACAGGGAAGUACAUUUUUAAUUUGUGAUAAUAAUAAUAAUAAUAAUAAUACUAAUCAAUAGGUAUUGGAUUAGGAUAGUACAAGGGUGAAAGAACAAUUUAGUUGGUGUGUACUACUCAUAAUUUCCGGUAUUAUAUGGGUGAGUUAAGCUGUUAGAAAAUGAAAGUGUGCCGAUCAGGGAGAUCUGAUCAUAUCAAGGUAAUGGCAAGAAGCCACCAAUGAAAAAGUGCAAAAUGUGAAAGAACUGUGGGACCUGAAAAGUUUAUUGCCCGAGAGACCGUCUUCUUUCCUGAAAAUAAUGAUAAUGAUAAUAAUAAUGUUGAGGUUCUUAUAAAGAGCUUUUCCAGAUUUUCCUGCUCAAAGCGCUUUUUGGAUACCAUAUUUUUACCCCGGUCUCCAUAGUAAUCAAUCAGUAUUUCCAAGGAGCAACCAGAAGGCGUUCACUUGAACUCAGCCAGUCGGGGAACCAAGCAGUGACUCGGCCGGGACUUAAACCCACGACCUCUUGGUCAUGAGGCCGACCCUCUUCCACCUCACUACCGCUUCCCAAUGCAGACUUCUCCCAAUGAAUGUGAUCUGAACUGCUGCUAACAACGAAUGUGCAUUUCGAUUUAUCCAUGGUGGUCAUUGUAACGACGGCGCUCGUGCAUAAAUCAUAGCCAUUUAUCUUGUAUGUUGACGCCAAGUGUCGCAUUCAAUGCGAGCCACUCGGGCCGUGAAGCGGGAUUUAAUGCAUCGUCCUUUUUAAAAUGGCAAUGUCAAAAGAAUUGUCGCUCAUAUCUAGGGAGGUUUUCGGGUCUUUAUGGUGGCAUUAGUAGUUGAUGCUGAUAGAUCGCUAAAAAGUGUACUGUAGUUUGUAUCAGAGAAGAGUUGAAUAUAUUUUAUAUAUCA